GCUAUCAGAGCGCUAACAUGGCCGGACUGCGAACCCUGGCACCGGAACUCUCGGCGCUCGCCCUGUCCGAGUGCAAUGAGCAGCAGGCGGAGCGCGAGGCAUUGAUAGCCACACUGCAGACGUGGAUUGGCAAAUCGCCGUAUCUGAAGGCGCGCACGGAUGAGCGACUGAUAUUGGCUUUUCUGCGACGUUGUCGUUUCAGUGUCGAGGAGACCAAGAGACGCAUUGACAAUUACUAUUCCCUGCGCAAUGCCUUUCCCGAGGUGCUCUGCUCGCGGCAAGUGGACGAGGCGCUCUUACGUCAGUUUGAUCGCGGUAUCCAUGUUAUACCCGCACGACCAGCGAGCCCGCAAGGACCACGUGUUAUCAUCUCACAGUUCUGUAAGAUCGAUCCGAAGCAAUCGAAUCCCCGCGAAGCCUUCAAGUUGCUCUUCAUGCUGCUGGAGCUGCUUGCAUUGGAGUGCGAUAAUGCAUCUGUUGCGGGUCUAUUCUUUGUGGUGGACGCACGUGAUGUCAACAUGGAACAAAUGAUGCAAUAUGAUCCAUUUCUGCUGAAGAAAACCUUUAUGCUGGUGGAUCAGUGUUUGCCGCUGCGUUUCGCAGAGAUUCACUUGGUGAACAUGAUACCCUCCGGUCAGACCAUCUUUAAUUUUGUCACCAGCUUUUUGCCAGCCAAGCUGCCCUGGAAGUUUGUCGUGCACAAGAAAUCCGAGGAUUUGUACAAGCAUCUGCCGCCCGAGGCGAUGACCAUCGAGUAUGGCGGCAGCAAUGGCUACCAGGCGGAGGCCCUGGACUACUGGCGUCAAAAGCUGCAGGCGCACAAGGAUUACUUUGACGAAGAUGCUCAAUAUGGCACAAACGAGAAACUGCGCGUCGGACUGGCCAAUGCCUGGGCCACCGGCGAACUGGGCGGCACCAGCGGCUCCUUUCGCAAGCUGGAAGUGGACUGAAAUGUGCGCUCGCUUGUCUGCUUUAUUCUUAGUGUUUAUUUAAGUAGUUGCUAAAGCUAAAAAGAAAAUUACUAAACUAGUUCUACACGUUCACUGUUA